AUAAUAUUUUAAUGUUUUUCUCUUCUUUAUUGUUAUUGCUCUCAUUCAUUGAUCAAGAUUUCUAUUGAUGAAUGAAAUAUUUCUGAUUGCAGAGACGUUUGAUAUGAUUUACAAAUGGAAAGAAGCUGUCAUAUUGAAUCCUAACCUUCUUCAGGAUCCUGCUUUUAAAAAGUUUCCAUUUUCUACUCAAGAAAAAAAUCAGGAGACAGCUCAAGAAACUUUAUCUCCGAACGCCUCAGUUACUGUAACAUGCUCAUUUCUUAAUCCCAUUGAAGACGAGAUGAACGACACAAUAAUCCAAACAAAUAAAAGGCCUGCUUCCCCGGAUUCAUCAGAAAUGGAAACCAUUAAAGUUCAACCAGUUCUUAAAACCUACUCUAGAAGAAACUCUUUAAAUAAACUAAAAAAUAGUAAUAAUUUACUAAAUCCGGUAACAGAAACAUCACCAUCAAUCGUAGAUCCUUCUGAAUCCGAAGAUAGGCUGUCAGCCAUGUCUGAAAUGAGGACCUCUUCUUCACUUAUAGAUAAUUGGAACAGUAAUGUACUAAAUGAUUCUUCCAUCAUGAACACGAGCUCACCGCUUCUGAGCAGCGUGGACAGACUUCCGUCUCCAGUCAUGGAACUGAAUUCACCAGGAGAUGUAUCACUAUCAGCGAUCAACGAUUCACCUGAUGAAAGUUACUCAUUAUCAGAUAAAGAUAUCGAAUCUUCGUUUUCGAGUAUGAUAUCUUCGUUUAACGUCGAGCCUCGAAGUGAUACCGAUUUACUUUCUGAAGCAAUUAGUAAUGCAGAUAUUUGUUUCAAUGAAGAUUUGCCUUUUUAUUCAGGUUCUAAGAAGAUAAUGGAUUAUGACCCUGUUUUAAUCAAUUCUGUUUUGGAUGAUAUCGAGUCAGUGGAAAAUUUAAUAAUCUAUUAUUAUUAA